UGGAGGAUUCAUUCCUGCAGCAGCAACAGACCAGCUUCAGCAACUGAAAACAAAGAGAGUAGCUUUAUGACUGUUUCACUUUUUAUAAGAAAUUUAUAGCUCAUCUUCUAGAUUAUCCUCAUUUUUGUCUUUUUUUCAAAAUUUCUAUUCUCAGACACUUAAUAUAUUUUUUUUUUAUUUUAUUUUUUGCUUUUUUGCUUUUGCAUCCCCAUUUUGACAGGAAGUUACUUGAAGCAACAACAAAUGAGACUUCGCUUUUUUUUCCGGGCAACUUAAGAGACAGUGUUUCAAAUGAUACAUGGUCUGCCAGGGGAUAUAUGUUUGUUUGUCUUGAAAUAACUCCGACCAGAAAGUGUCGCUUUUCCCUAUUAGACUUGACAAACAAGGAUGGAACAAAGCCUUGCUGGUCUGCUAAGUGGUGCAUUUUCAGAAACAUCCCUCCCAUCUUUCCCUGAUGGCGAGUUGGACUUCAACACUGUACGUUGUGAUGAAGAGUCUGAAGCGACCGAAAGAAACAAUUCUUGUGAAAACCUUGAUGAGGAUGAUGAGGAUGAUGAGGAUGAUGAACGUGAUGGGGACGAGGAUGAUGAGGAUGAGGAUGAGGAUUUCAAGGAGGAUAAUGUUGCUGAGAAAGAUAAUAAAGAUUCUUCAAGUACAAAGGUCAGUGUCAUUAACAUGGACCAAACACUAAGGGAGCAGUAUGAAAGCUCGGAGGGAGAUCCGGAAGAGGAAGAAGGCUCCACCUCUGGGGCAGAUGAGGAGGAGGAGGAGGAGGAGGAGGAGGAGGAGGAUUUAGGAGCAGGAGAACAACCAGAGGAUUGGUCAGUGGUUGUACGUUGUGAAGGGGGGUUCUGGGAUAGUGAUAAAGAGGACAGGAUCUUCGCUGGGGGACUUCCCCUGGUGCCUGAGGACACUGGAAACCCUCAAGUUAGAAACAAGAAGAGAGGUCAGAAUGAAAGUGAUGAGGAUGUGUCCUAUUUUAGGGAAAUCCCUAAACGUCUUUGUGAGGAGAACCUACAAGGUGAUGGGAUUGAAGAGGAUGAGCAAGAGAGGAGAGAGGAGAGGAUUGAGGUUUCAACUCACUCAGAGUGUGAGGGCAUAAAACUUGAAAAGGAUGAAGGGAAAGGCAUGCAUUUCCUCAACCAGUGUUUGCCCCAAGAGGAUGGAGGCAACCCAAGUGCCACUCUUGAUUUUCCUGAACAACUGUUGCAAAAUCUUCAGGAUCUUAUUUCUGAUGAUGAAGAUGUUAUGGGAAAAAUAAAGGAUUUCUCUGGGGACGACCACCAAGAAGCAGGUGAGAGCUUUGCUCAGUACCCCUCGGACCUCUCUUCGUGUGAAUACGUGGAAGACGGAGGAAUGAAUGCGGGGAAUAAAGAUAAAUUGAGUGUGUUGCCAAAAGAGAACACCAAUCUGGAAAGAGCUGGGGCAAAGGAUACAUGCGUGGCUGGUGAUGUAGACACUGAUGAGAAGAAAGACCCAUAUCUGGUUAUUGAAUGUAAAGGGACAGAUGAAGAUGCGCAGUUCAUGGGCCUGCACUUGGGAAGUGGAGGAAAACACAGCAGAGAAAAUAUGGGGCUUGUCAAACACGUAUUGGGUCAUGCAGCAGUGACAGGAUGGGUUGUUGGAGAAGAGGCAGAUGAGACUACUUACCUAGAUGCAGAGCAUAAUGCCUGCAGCGAGGGGGAGGGGCAGACAAAAGCAACAACCUCUCUGACAGAUAAAGCUAUGCCCAGUUUCCACCCACGUCAACAUAACGUUGAGACCGACUUUAGCAUGAGACAUCAGUCCAACAGCGACGCCUACUGUUACAGUGAUGACACCAGCGGUUGGAGGCGCACAGAUAACGCGCGUCACCAAGGCCCUAAACACAAACCACCAGAAUGUGCUCAAAUUCACAGCGAGAGCAGAGCGGAGCUUGUCAGGCGGACCAUCUCCGACGACCAAGCUUUUACGAACACCUGCAACAAAGCACAGCCACUACCGGCUUUUAGCAUCUCUUGGGAUGCUGAUGUGUCAUCGACAAGGGCUUUUUUAUCUGAAAAUCCACCAUUAGGAAGGGAAGACAUAGGCAAAGAGGAAACACUGGCAGUGGCCGUAAUUUCUGGAGAUAAGGUCGCUGGGGAAAUCCAACCUUUGGUGGAGCCAAGGGAGGAAAUCCACACAACCAUUCACUCGUCUAAACAAGGAUCUGUGGAUGACCAAUUCUUUUUCAACAAUGAUGGUGAGGAUGCAAGAAACACCGAGCUAGGGCAGUUUGGAGGUGAUGAGUAUGAAGAAGAGAGGAACUGGGAGCAGGAGCAAGAGAGAAUUAAGGCUUUCUACAACUUUUACAGCGGCGAUGAAAUGGAGAAUGGCGAAGAAGGGAGAAAGAUAAAAGUCCAGUUCUGCACAGAUCAGUUGUCUCAAAUCAUCCAAUAUGACGCUGAUUGCAGUGAGAGAGAUUCGCUCGACAGCUCCACAGAUGGGGAAGAAGAACUAAGCUCCACAGACACGCAUGAUGAGCUGAAGGAGUCUGAGAUGCUGAAAAUGAACAGUUCCCAGCCAAGUUUGAUACCUGAGAAUUUGGCAGGUCCCAGCAACACACAGUGUCUUGGCUUACUGAAGUUAAUGCUGAAGAUGUGCCUGGUACUACUGAUUGGAGUGCUGAUGUUCUGGUGGACCACAGACCAAAUGGACUGGAUAGGCCGAGCUGCUUUCUUUAAGAGCUAACGCUUGAUUACUCCUUAAAACAUGCUUUGAGCCUACUAGAUGGGAAAAGAAGAAGAAGAUUUAAGAAAAAAAAGAAUGAAUUGACUAAAGGACUUUGUAAAAAACCUGGAAUAUAUGUUGAGUUAGUUAUGCAAAGAAUUUGUAAAACGUAAAAUGCUGCCCCAAAUAAAGGUUUAUA